ACAUCCGCAAAGACUAUGAGACCUGCAAGGAGCAGAGAUCAUGUUUGUUGUUUCCCAAAGGCAAUGAUCAAAGAGCAGCUACAGGAGACCCAGGGAAUGUGUGAAUAUGCCAUAUACGUACAAGCGCUAAUCUUGCGCCUGGAGGGGCAGAUCCAGCCAUCCCUGGAGCUGUUCCAGAGUUGUGCCAUCCUCAAUCCCACCAGCCCCGACAACCUCAAACAAGUGGCCCGAUCGCUUUUUCUGCUGGGGAAACACAAGGCAGCCAUUGAGGUUUAUCAUGAAGCUGGGAAGCUCAAUGAGAAAGACUGGGAGAUCAACCAUAAUCUGGGUGUAUGCUAUUCCUUCAUAAAAGACUUCCAAAAUUCUGAAGAGCAGUUGAAUGCAGCCCUGCAGUUGAAAAAACACGACAGGACAUUCAUGACACUGGGAAAGGUCCACUUGUUGGCGGGAGACACGAACAAAGCCAUCGAAGUGUACAAGAGUGCAGUGGAGUUCUCUCCAGAGAAUGCAGAGUUGCUGACCACUCUGGGGCUCCUGUAUCUGCAGUUGGGAAAAUACCAAAAAGCAUUUGAACAUCUCGGGAAUGCACUUACUUAUGACCCUAAUAACUAUAAGGCCAUUCUGGCAGCAGGCAGUAUGAUGCAGACCCAUGGGGACUUUGAUGUGGCCAUGAACAAGUACCGCGUGGCAGCGUGCAUGGUCCCCGAGAGCCCCCCACUCUGGAACAACAUCGGCAUGUGCUUCUUUGGCAAGAAGAAAUAUGUAGCAGCCAUCAGCUGUCUGAAGCGGGCCCACUACCUGUCUCCGUUUGACUGGAAGGUGCUGUACAACCUGGGCCUUGUGCACCUCACCAUGCAGCAGUAUGCCUCUGCCUUCCACUUUCUCAGCGCUGCCACCAACCUGCAGCCCCGCCUGGGAGAACUCUACAUGCUACUAGCAGUUGCACUGACCAAUCUGGAGGAUGUGGACAAUGCCAGGAGAUCCUAUGAACAAGCUGUGGCUUUAGACCAGUCCAACCCUCUGGUCAACCUGAACUUUGCCAUUCUGCUGUACAACCACGGGGACAAGAAGGGAGCCCUGCAACAGUACCAGGAGAUGGAAAGGAAAGUCAACAUACUGAAGGACAGCAACACUGAGUUUGACCCUGAGCUAAUGGACAUGGCUCAGAAGAUGGCCGCUGCCUUGCAGGUGGGAGAGAGCCUGGAGUGGACCAAGCCGGUCAAAGACCCCAAGUCUAAGCAGCGCUCGGCUGGGGCCCCCAGUAAAACCCCUGGCAGCUCCCAGCAGCCCCUAGGCACCAACCAGGCCCUGGAGCAGGCCAUGUCCUCCGCCGCAGGCUACAACAAGAGCAUCACACUCCCUACAGGAGUGUCCCCCCACAGCCAGCCCACGCCCCCCUCCCUGGCCUUGGAGGAGGAGCCUGAUGUGGAGACCACCCCCACCCGAGCCCCUCAGCCAGAGGAGUCAGACCCCUCCACCACCCUGCCCCCUCUGGCAGCCAAACCCAAAGUCAAGAAGAGCAAGUUGAAGCAAGAGCUGAACUAGACUGGAGUCCCCUAUCUAGUCCACAGGCUGGUAGUGUAUCAUCACUCCAAGAAUGUCACUCAGCCUAUCUAGUCCACAGGCUGGUAGUGUAUCAUCACUCCCAGAAUGUCACUCGGUCUCUAUCCGUUUUGGUUUUCAUCAAGAAUAGUUAGUCGAAGGCCACGAGGCGUUCACUAGCUUUUUGAUUUUGCUUGUUACAAAGUGCUUUAUGUUGCUCUUUUUUAAUGGUCUUACCAACCAAGGUGAGCCAGCCGAGUGACAGAGGUGUCAUAAUGAGUUGACUUCCUGAUCAUCAAAGGCCUUUGACAUGAUCUCUUUUCAGUACGUUUCAGAUACUUCCUCAGUUCAACUUUCUCUAUCGGGCAUAUGAUUUUUUACUUAUUCUUGGUCAGUGGCAGGUCUGGAUUGUUGUUUAUAAUGACACUAAAUAUACAUUCCUACAUUUGAAGUAACCUCUAAGAUAUGACAAUCAUGAAUGAGAUGAGAGAAAUAAAGAUUUUAGUGUUUUAUACCUAAUAUGAUAUGGAUUUAUCAAGGGCCUUUUUUUAAACUAUUGUUGAAUUUUAAGAUGUUCUAGAAAUUGUGAUGUUUGUCUUGACAGAAUAGAUGUGUAUUUAUUGUUGCAAAAUCCAAAGUGUCAUGGAGGUGAUUGAUAGUGUUCUGCUCUUUAUUUUAGUCACAGUAGUGUUAGGCUAAAUGCGACACGGUUGGUUGGGUAAACCAUGCUAGCGUGAUGCGUAGCCUUGUCUGAGACUAAAGACUUGACUUAGCUCCCCAAGCUAAGGCCUAGACUUUAGCUCAGCGGCUAACAGUUGUGGCACGCAGAAGACUCAUUUGUGUAAGUGUGUGUGAACAUGCAUGUGAUAUACAGGUAACUGACAAAAUAAACAAUACAUCAAAUCAAA